AUGGAUAUUUUGCCAUUUCAUUUCCGUACUUUGCAAUUAUGUGGGAUGUGGUAUGAGGAUAAUAGAUUUGUUAUAUUAAAAAUUAUUUAUAGAAUUACAGCAAUGUUUGUCGUUUUUACUGUAAUAAUUGGUCAAUUUAUAAGACUUAUUACAAUGCAAGAUAACAUAGAUGAUUUAAGUGACAACCUUUUUAUAACACUUACUUUUAUUUCUUUUUGUUUAAAAAUUUUGAAUUUUAUAAUUCGACGACAUGAAAUGGAGGAUUUACUUCAUGAUUUUCGACUGCCAGUUUAUCAAUCAAGGUCGUUUGAAGAGGAAAAAAUAAUUUUAGAAUAUUCAAAUACUGCAAAGAAUAUUUUCUUUUUUUUUUUAUGCAUUACACAAAUAAGUGGUAUUAUUUUACUGAUAAUGCCAAUUUUAAUUUCUACAGAUAAUGUUUUUUAUUUACCUUAUAAAACUUAUCGACCCUAUAGCACUUCCAAUAUUAGUUUCUGGAUUACUUAUGCAAUGCAAGUAUUUACUUCAUUUUAUGGGAUUUCUUUAAAUGUGUCAUUGGAUACGAUGACAUAUGGAUUUAUUAUAUUAACUGUUGGGCAGUUCAAGAUAAAUAGUUAUAGACUGAUAAAUUGCACAUUAUCAAUAAAAGAUUUUAUUAUACAUCACAAAUUAAUACAAAAUACAGCAAUAAAAAUUGAAUCGUUUUUCAUUUGUGUUAUUGUACCUCAUUUCUUUUUUACUCUUCUUGUGAUAUGUUGUAGUAUCUUUCAAAUAUCUCAGAAGCCAGUAGCUAGUUAUGAAUUUUUUACUAUUUGUAUGUAUAUCAUCUGUAUACUUUGGGAAAUUUUUUUUUAUUGUUGGUUUGGAAAUGAACUGGGAUUACAAAGUCAGAGUGUAGCGGAUUCACUUUAUUCAAGUAAAUGGUUAAGUUGUACUACACAAGAAAAAAGAAAUUUGUGGUUGGCUAUGUUGUAUGCGCAAUCUGGCUCUAAUAUUUCCUUUCAUGGGCAGUGCACUUUAUCACUUCGUACAUUUUUAUGGAUAAUAAAAACUUCAUAUGCACUGUUUAGUUUAUUAAAACAAAUAUCAAAUUAA